AUGUCGAAUUUCGAGCCCAAUGCCGUGAUCCGCGGUUUCCAACUGACUGUGGUAGGGACUGUCCGGGCCUUGACAAACCCCGAGCUUUUUAAAUAUGAACACUUCCGCCAAGCAGCCCUAGCAGUCGCUGUGGGAAUCAUCAUCCAGUUGAUCAUCCAAAUCCCGAUCAUCGGCCUCAAGUUUACCUUGUACUUGCUGUCUUGGAUUAUCAAUCUUGACCACGCCACUUGGGAUGACAAGCUGCUCGAUGGCUUGGACUUCUUGUCUAAGUCUGUCCUCCAGGUGCCCUUUAUGCUGAUGACAUUCAUGGGAUACGUGACUCCCACUCUGGACGAGAUCUUCAUGCAGUCCAUCCAGUGGGUCGACAUGACAUAUAUCCAGAAGCACAAAUCAGAGGAUCCGAAUCAACUCCGGGCAAUGUACUAUCCUCAAUUGGCGAUGUAUGCGACCAAGGGCGGUCCUCAUUCAUCGAAGCCCAAGACGGAGGCCAUCGUGGCGUUCGCUAACCGAUACGCCAAGAAAAUGGGGAUGCUUCUUGGAAUUUACCUACUCUCCUUGACCCCCGUCGUUGGUCGCUUUGUGAUGCCCGCAGCAAGUUUCUACACGUUCCGGACCCAUGUGGGUACCGCACCUGCCGCUGCCAUCUUCGGCGCUGGCCUUAUCUUGCCCAAGUCAUACAUUGUCAGGUUUCUCCACACUUAUUUCGCAUCCAGAAGUCUGAUGCGAGAGCUGCUCGAACCAUACUUCCGUCGCGUCAAGUUCACUUCCGAGCAGAAGAAGCGCUGGUUCCGUGAUCGUGAGGGCGUUCUUUUCGGAUUUGCCUUUGGAUUUACUGUGAUUUUGAAGGUCCCAUUCAUCGGUGUUCUCAUGUACGGAGUCGCCGAGGCCUCCACUGCUUAUCUAGUCACCAAAAUCACUGACCCACCGCCCGCCCCUGCGGAAAGCGAGGGCUUUGCAGAGAGCCAGGUGACAUGGAAAAACAAACACGAUUUCCUCCAGCUUUCUUUGGAUAAGAUCGAUCAGCUCAACGUUGUCAUCGAUGAGAAGGAUACUCAGAAUGCCAAUUCUGAAGGCAAAAAAUUCUCUUAA